AUGUCCGAUCUUCAGAAGAGCCUUACGCAGGUUGCGCUCAACCCAGCGUACCAUGACCUCUUCACCAUCCUCAAGGGUUUCCGAAAUGGCGUGGUCUACGGAGCCAAGAUUCGUUUCCCUCAUGCACUCGUCAUGACGUUCCUCUUUGGACGAGGCACGCCACGCGAGAAGCUUACGUUCAUCCUACGAGCUACGAAACAGCACGCUUUGAACUUGGGCACUUUUACGCCCCUGUACAAGUUCUUGACCAUUGCGAUGCGUCGGCUUUUCGAGGCUACUGGUGGAAAAGGACCGGUACCCAAAUGGCACAGUCUGGUCGCCGGCUUGAUCGGAGGAUACUACGUUUUCGGUGAGAGGACACCGGUGAAUGAACAGAUCGUGCUGUACACGUCGUCGAGGAUUAUUGCCUCGUUCUUGCCGAGAGCCGAAACACCCAAGGACUAUCCGGUCGGCAAGCCAAAGCCUACAGACAAGAGCUGGUUCGCCGCCUACGCUACCAUCACCUGGGGUGUGGUCAUGUACCUCCACCAGUACAGAAGGGAGACCAUCCAGAGCGGUAUGGUCAACAGUAUGGACUCGCAUUCUGCGAAGAAUGUUCCCGACAUGAAGCGGACACUGGACCGCCACUGCUGGCUUUCUGCUGUUCGCCGAUCUCCGCCUGCUCGACGCUUCCUUCGAAUGAGACCGCAGCUCGACGAUACAGCGCGGGUAGACUCUAAUGUUGCACAGCAAAUCCGCUUUGAAUGGGAUAACGUCAUGCUUCAACGGCGACUUGGUGUUCCCGAGCCAAUGGUGCAGGGAAGCUCGCAAGUGGAUGAUGCCGACAUGAACGUGGACCGGCAAGGGAUGCGGCGCGUUCGAGCUGUACGUCGUCGAUCAAUGGCUGUUACAACUCUGCGUCGCUGUCAUAAGACGCCAAGCCUAACAAUCUGCCGUCAAAGGACGAUCGACGAGUUGCAGACGAUGCUUCGACGGCACAAGGCUGCCCACUUCGACGCCGCGAGGUAG